GUGUGUUUUUUUACAGGUAUUUGUGCUUGUAGAAGCUUGAAUAAACCAUCACACUCUAUUGUACUGCUCAUCACCUGUAAAGUGCUCAUCAAUUCUACAAGAUAACCACAAGAUCACAGAGUGAACAUGAAUGAUUUCGCCGAAAACAGGAAUAUUUCUAUUCCGUCUUACUUCUACAUCAGUGGUUUUUCUGGUAUACCUCACAUGAGAUACUAUUACAUAUUCUUGUCUUUUGUUUACAUUAUUUCUUUCCUUGGAAACUCCUGUCUCAUGUUUGUCAUUAUCAUAGACCGUAAUCUUCACACUGCUAAAUAUAUUGCUGUCUUUAAUUUAUCACUGUCAGACAUUUGCGAGAGUACAGCUGUAAUCCCUCAGCUACUGGACACUUUUCUGUUUAGAAAUCAGUUGAUCCCGUAUAGAUUGUGUUUGUAUAAUAUGUUUUCUGUCUUUGUAUCUAUUUCAACACAGUCACUAACUCUUGCUGUUCUGUCUUUUGACAGAUUAGUAGCUAUUUGCUUACCACUGAGAUAUCAUAUGAUCGUGACCUUUAGAUCGAUGCUUGUAAUAAUUGGACUGACAUGGGCACUGACAUUGCUUAUGGUAAUGACUGCAACUAUUUUUAUAAGCAGACUUUCUUUCUGCAAAGUAAUUGUCACUGUGAACAGUUUCUACUGUGAUCAUGGGCCGAUAUAUCGCUCUGCCUGUAGCAAUAAUUUUCCAAGCUCUGUCAUAGGCAGUUUGUACCCAAUAGUGAUUCUUGGGUUGCCAGUGUUUUUCAUCAUCUUUUCAUAUACUUGCAUAGCUGUGACACUGUUCAGAGUCACAACUCCACAAGACCGUCAGAGAGCCACAAAGACAUGCACUGCUCAUUUAAUAUUAGUGGCUGUAUUUUACCUUCCCAUCACUAUUACAUAUUCUCUGGCAUCCAUUAUAAACACCAACACAAGGAUCAUUAAUCUCUCUCUGACCUCUGCCCUGCCUCCAAUGCUUAACCCUAUCAUCUACACGUUCAAAACAGAGGAGUUCAUGGUGUCUGUGAAAAAGCUUCUGAAACGGAAAAUCAUAUUCCCAUAUCUAAAAUAAAUGUUGACCCUCAUUUUGAUGACAUUACUAUAUACAAUGCUAUUGUUUUUAUGUUUUGAAUACUGUAUGCUCAAAUGUUUUGCAUUUUUAAAUACAACUGAAUAUCAUAGGUUCAAUAAAAAAAAGACUACAGGUAUCUCACAAUAUUUUUGUAAGACUAUUAUUUACUUUAAGUAAUGAAGUUUGCCCUGCAUGCUCAUGGUUUUGAAAACUAUUUUGGUGCAUUAAUCUUGUCAAUAAUAUUAUUCAGAAGGUCAUUAUUCGCACUCAUUAAAUAAUUGCUUUGUAUAUAUAUUUUUUCAAUGCCUUCCUCAGUGUGUGCAUUAUAUACUGUAAAAUAUCUGUAAA